AUGUUUUCUUCCUCAACAGCCAUUUUCAUCUGUUUGCUUCACGCGUCCCCGUUUGUUUGCUGUUCUCUUGUCGUUUUAGUCAUUUUUGGCUCAAUUCAUUCUUUCUAUAGUGUAGUCUAUCCUCAUUUGACCUCUUUUAUUUUAGUACCAGGUCCUUUCUUUCUUUCUCCUCUUUUUUUCUUUUCUUUUUUUCUUCAUUUUUUAUUAAGCCACUUUUUCUUUCUUUCUUUCUUUCUUUUUUCUUUCUUUCUUUCUUUCUUUCUUUCUUUCUUUUUUAUUAACCACUUUCUCUUUUUAUGUCAUUUCUUAUACUUUCUUUCUUUCUUUAUUAUUCCGUUUUUAUUAAAGUCUUUAUAUUAUGUUUUCUUACUUUUCUUUCUUUCACCAUUGCCUUUUACUUUAUUUCCUUAUACAUUCAUUGUUUCAUUGUUUCUUUCUUUUAUUAGCCUUAUUUAUAUUCAUUCUUUCUUUUCUUCUUCCUUUCUUUAUUAUUCCUUUCGAUCUUUCUCCCUUUCUUUUCUAAUUCGAAUCAACGUUACUUCUAUUUUUCCUUCCUUCCUUCCUUUCCGCUCUUAUCCAAUAUCGCCUUCUAUUACACGUUUUAUUCUACUCUUCUUUCGACGUCUUUUUUCUUCUUCUUCAUUGCUUCUUUUCCCGUGA